UAACUCUCUAACCUACCCCACUUUGUAAAUAAUAAUUCAAGAUGCCCGCAGUAGCAGUUUGUAUUUAUUUUACAUCAAAAAUCAGCCUUAGAUUUUCCAAAAAGUUCAUCAACCUUCUUGGUCCGUUGUCCGUCUCUAUAUAUAUACCAUGUCCUCUUCUUUUAUGUUUGCACAUAUAUCUCACUAUUGGGGAGCUGUGUGUUAGUCUAGCUAGGAUCAAUAUAAUCGAUUUUGGUGAUCGUAGACGUUUAAUUCUUAGGAAUAGAAAUGGGAGUUGAAGGCACAGUGGAGUAUUUAUCGGAUAUGUUAAGCAAGGCGACGAAGAGCAAGAAGAAGAAGCAACUCCAGACUGUGGCCCUCAAGGUCCGGAUGGACUGCGAAGGCUGUGCACGUCAGAUGAAGAGGGUUCUCUCUUCCGUGAAAGGCAUGUGCAUGCUACGAGAGUCGGGGAUAGAGAUUAUUCUCAAGUGCUCAGAAUAAACUUAAAUGACAAGCAUCAAACAAGUGACGCAUUUGUCCUGUCACAAUGGGCGCACUGUUCUAUUCCGUACAGGUGUUAAAUUAGUGGAUGUUGACUUGAAACAACUCAAAGUGACUGUCACGGGGUACAUGAACCCGAAGAAGGUACUGGAAGCGGCUCAGUCCACGAAGAAGAAGGUUGAGCCCUGGCCCUAUGUUCCAUAUACUCUAGUGGCCCAUCCAUACAUCUCUCAGGCCUACGACAAGAAGGCACCUCCCAAUCAUGUCCGUAGCAUCCCAGACACAGCUACCAUUAAUGAGACAGUAAUUGAGGACCAGUACACCAGCAUGUUUAGUGAUGAAGAUCCGAAUGGUUGCUCUAUCAUGUGAGAUGAUUCCAUAUGGUUUUUCAGGAUAAAAGUAUGUUUGCAAUGUGCAAACAUGUAAGUUUUAUCAUGAAGCACAAUGAUGUUCGCUCUUAUUGGAGUGCACGGGACCGUUUGUAUAUACAUGUCGGCUUUCUUUUUAUUCCUUCAUGAGACCAUUAAGGAUACAAUAA